AUGCCUUGCGGAGGACGACGUCUUUCGCUAAAACAACAGCGAGAACUGGACGCGAAAAUGCAUCAAACUUUGCGUUCUUUGAUGUUUUCUCAUUAUGUACGGGAGGAAUCAACACGUAGAUCAACUCUUUUGGAAGCACAACGCAUACUUUCAGGAGAUCAGAGGCAAAACGCUGUGCUCAAAGAGGAACCGACAACUGGAGAAGAGAUGGAUGACGAAUGUGAUCUUGAGCUUGAGCCGCGCGCUGAGCCGAUGGAAGCGGAACGAUCUCAUCUCGUAGUGAAAAACCCUCAUUGUUCUAGAUCCCAGGUAGAUAUGCGUGAACCGACGCCAUCAGUAGCUGUAGAGGAUCGACUCACGUAUUCGAAUGGUGGUGGGUUACUGAAAAAUACCGAAAUACGGGAAGACGUGGACGAAUACCUAGAUAUGCGUGUCCAGAAAGAUGAAUCACUCUUCGACAACGAGCUUACCGCAGAACAAAAAUUAGAGUUGUCAAGUGGUCCCUCAACCGUUGAGAAUCACCUAAUCGAUCAUUAUCCUGAAGUGCAACUUGAUGUAGACACGGAGGUUACUAUGGAAGAACUGAAGACACUUUCUCUGGACGACGUGUGCAUUCGCAUGGCAUACUGUGCGCACGCUGCUUCAUCAGAUGGUGAUUUCAAACACAACACUCAGUGGUACAUGGGAAUGAUGAAGACAUGUUUGGAAGCGAUCGCAACACAUGAGUAUCCUCGUCCUCAUUUGCCGUUUGAAGUGGAGCGCUUGCUCGAUAUCUAUUGUGAUAAACUGAGAGAGGAUUGGCGAGAGGAGGAAGAGAGAAAUCUGCGAAAGCUUGAAAGGCGAAACACAUCAUGUACACCGUCAUUCGAUUGCGUAUACCCUGUAUCAAAAGAAAUUAUGAUGAAUAACAAGUUGCUGCUUACUGGUAUUACGGGUGAUGCAGAUUUAUUCUUUAGUUUAUAUUUUAAAGGAGUUCAUAUGAAGGACGAACAUCAAUGUUAUCCUGAUUGUAUAUGCGUCUCAGUCUCAUAUCGUCAAGCAAAUGUUAUGCAUUUCGCCGCAGCUCAUGGAAAUGCAGAGUUCAUCAAGAAGGUACUGUUUCCCGGCAAGACGCUUCCUGACGAUUCGAUUAUUCGAGAUCACUACAGAACUACUAUUUACGGUUGGGUAUGCAGUGCGAUCGAAGGUAUGGGCACACAGAUGUACCCGUUUGAUGUUGCUGUUCUUUACGAUUACAAGGACUGUGCAAGAGAAAUUUUGGGAUAUGAAACGUGCGCAAAAAUGUUACGGGAGCGAAAGUUCCCUAUGGCUCGAGUGAAGUGUUCACUACCAUUCCGAGAAUAUGUCGAAUCGCCAUUGUCAGUAGCUGUAUAUCACGGAAAUAUGGAUAUGGUUAAGAUGCUCCAGUAUUGGCAACUUAUAAAGCCACAACAUUUUCCACAAGCAUUCCGUGAAGCGGCAAAUGCUGGUGACUUGGUUAUGCUUAACGAAUUAUGGGAAAUGAGUGGCAGAAACGUUGACCUAGUGACCGAGCAGGAGGCAGAAAUGAAAGGGAACUGCACCCCUCUACAUGUAGCUGCUGCUGCUGGGCAAUUAAGAGCUGUCCAAUUCCUUUGCCAUAUGGGCGAAGCGCUACGAACUAAACCGGAUGCUGCCGGAGAUCUACCGCUGACGUAUGCCAUCGAGAACGGACACAUGGCGAUUGCGGAAUUCCUCAUGAAGACAUUUCCACACGAAGUUAAUCACACUGUUAUCAGAUCUGCUAUUGCAUGUAAACGAAACCGCGUUGCCAAAAUAUUAUUCCAUGAUAUGUUGGACCUGAAAGAGGUCAUCGACGAUAUCAGACCACUUAAGUUCGCUGUAGACACCGAGAAUUUCCAUUGUGCUGAGUAUUUUUUAAGGCAAUAUAUGUUGGAAAAGAAGAUCAACGAAUCUCCUUGGCAAAAUGAUGUAGGAGAAGCGUUAGAUUCAGUGCUUCGAUGUCGAACAUUGUCUCCGGAGAUGAAAACGAAAUUCGUGAUAGCAUUUCAAUUGGCUGGCGUUAAGAUAUCAAUGGUCAAAGUUUUGAAAACUGUUAGUGAUAGAACGGUGGCUUCUCUCAUCUGCAACAGCCUCAGGAACAACUCGAAUCAACCGAAGACCUAG